AGAGGUUUCUCUCUCUCUCUCUCUCCCCCUCUCCCUCUCCCUCUCUCUCCCUGUGGAUGUUAACCUUCAUAUACAGUAACAAAUUUCACAUUACAGAAGACGGGGAAGUGCACAGGGAUCAUUGCAAGAAGGACAAAGCCUAGGGCAUGUGGAUCGUGGCAACUCUCUUGCUCCACAGCAUCCUGAAUGUUGCCAGUGAAGAUCUGCAGUCCAGCUUGUAUUUUGUCAAUGGAUCUCUGCAAGAGGUAGUCUUCGCCAGUACCAUGGGGACACUGUUAUCAUGCCCUGCAUCAGGGAAUCCCCCAACAACACUGCGCUGGUACCUUGCAACUGGAGAAGAGAUGUACGACGUCCCAGGGAUCCGGCAAGUCCAUCUGAAUGGCACUCUCCAGAUCUUCCCCUUCCCCCCUUCGAGUUUUAAUAACUUAAUCCAUGACAGUUUGUACUAUUGCACAGCAGAAAAUCCUUCAGGGAAAAUUAGAAGUCAGGAUAUUCAUAUUAAGGCCGUCUUAAGAGAGCCCUAUACGGUCCGUGUGGAGGACCAGAAAGCCAUGCGAGGGAACAUAGCAGUCUUCAAGUGCAUUAUCCCCUCCUCUGUGGAGACUUAUAUCACUGUAGUGUCAUGGGAGAAAGACACAGUCUCACUUGUCUCAGGAUCUAGAUUCCACAUCACGCCUACUGGAGCCUUGUAUAUAUUAGACGUACAGAACGAGGAUGGCUUAUACAAUUACCGCUGUAUCACACGGCACAGAUACACCGGUGAGACGCGGCAGAGCAACAGCGCCAGGCUGUUUGUGUCAGAUCCAGUCAACUCUGCUCCGACAAUUCUGGACGGAUUUAGUCACCGGGUGGUCAUGGCAGACCAGCGGGUUGUAUUGCCUUGUAAAGCCUCUGGCCAGCCUGCGCCCAAGUAUCGCUGGGUGAAGGACAACGCCCCCCUGGAACGGGACAGCAGGUUCAGACAGACUGUCACUGGACUGCUCAUCGUGAAGGCUGUCCCUGCAGACACCGGGAACUACAUCUGCGAGGUCUGGAACAGCUUCGGGAAUGCAGAAGUCGUCGGGCGUCUGAAUGUCAAACAGCCACUGAAGGCAACGGUGAGCCCACACAAGGUGAAAACCAGCGUAGGCAGUCGGGUGUCACUCUCCUGCACUGUGACUGGAGCCGAGGAGUACGUGGUCCAGUGGUACCGGAAUGGCAAGAUAAUCACCCCGGGCAAGAACGUCCAAAUCACUGGGAGCAACGAGGAGAACCUGGUAAUGGAUGCAAUGGCCAACAGCGACGGAGGAGCCUACCAGUGCUUUGUGAGAAAAGGACGAGUGUCGGCCCAGGACUUGGCACAAGUUAUACUUGAAGAUGGAACACCCAAGGUGAUCUCAUCCUUCAGUGAAAAGGUUGUGAAUCCCAACGAGCCUAUUUCGUUGAUGUGCAACGUGAAAGGAACGCCCUCGCCGACCAUCACCUGGACCCUGGAUGACGAUGUAAUCUCAAGAGACGGAAGCCACCGCUUCAGCCAGUACAUCACAAAGGAGGGCAACAUGAUCAGCCACCUCAAUGUCACCAACACUCAGGUCCGGGAUGGCGGAGUCUAUCGGUGUGCGGCCAAUAACUCUGCUGGAGUCGCCAUGUAUCAGGCUCGAAUAAACGUAAGAGGACCUGCCAGUAUCCGCUCAAUGAAAAAUAUCACGGCCAUAGCAGGUCGUGACACCUACAUUCACUGCCGGGUGAUCGGUUACCCCUACUAUUCAAUCAAGUGGUACAAGAACUCCAACCUCCUACCCUUCAAUCACCGCCAGGUGGCAUUCGGAAACAAUGGAACCCUAAAGCUCUCCGAUGUCCAGAAGGACACAGAUGAGGGGGAAUACAUCUGCAAUGUCCUUGUCCAGCCACAGCUGUCCACCAGCCAAAGUGUUCAUGUAGCUGUCAAAGUCCCGCCUUAUAUUCAGCCCUUCGAAUUUCCGAGAUUCUCCAUUGGACAGCGUGUCUUUGUUCCUUGUGUGGUCAUCUCCGGUGACCUACCAAUCAGAAUCACUUGGCAAAAAGAUGGCCGUCCCAUCCCUGCGAGCCUGGGAGUUACCAUUGACAAAAUCGACUUCACCAGCUCUCUGAGGAUCUCCAACCUCUCUCUGAUGCACAAUGGGAACUACACAUGCAUCGCCAGCAACGAUGCAGCAGCAGUGGAGCACCGGAGUGAGCUGAUCGUCAGAGUUCCGCCUCGAUUUGUGGUGCAGCCCAGUGAUCAGGAUGGUAUUUAUGGGAAGUCCGUCACACUGAACUGUUCUGCGGAGGGCUAUCCAGUUCCAACCAUAGUGUGGAAAUAUUCCAAAGGUGCGGGUGUCCCCCAGUUCCAGCCAAUCAUGCUAAAUGGGCGCAUCCAGUUACAGGUGAAUGGAUCCCUCUUAAUUAAGCACGUGCUGGAAGAAGACAGUGGCUAUUACCUCUGUCAGGUCAGCAAUGACGUGGGAGCCGAUGUCAGCAAGUCCAUGUACCUCACCGUCAAAAUCCCCGCCAUGAUCACAUCGUACCCAAACACCACUCUGGCAACCCAAGGCCAAAAGAAAGAGGUCAGCUGCACUGCUCAUGGAGAAAAGCCCAUCAUUGUCCGCUGGGAGAAAGAAGACACCAUUAUUGACCCCGAGCGGAUGUUCCGUUACAUCGUGUCCACCAAGGAGAUUGGAGAUGAGGUGGUUUCCACAUUACAGAUUACCCCAACGGUGAGAGGAGAUUCAGGGUUCUUUUCCUGUCAUGCUAUAAAUUCGUAUGGAGAGGAUCGAGGUUUGAUACAGCUCACUGUACAAGAACCUCCAGACCCUCCAGAGAUUGAGAUACGUGAAGUGAGAGCUCGGAGCAUUGCUUUGAGGUGGAGCAUGGGUUUUGACGGGAACAGUCCCAUCACUGGCUUUGACAUUGAAUGCAAAAACAAAUCAGACUCCUGGGAUGCAGUGCAAAGGACAAAAGAUGUCUCACCUCAGUUAAACCAGGCCACCAUCAUUGACCUGCACCCGUCUUCCACCUACAACAUCCGCAUGUACGCCAAAAAUCGCAUUGGAAAGAGCGAGGCCAGCAAUGAGCUCACGAUCACCACGGAUGAAGCAGCUCCAGAUGGCCCACCCAUCGAUGUUGUCCUCGAAUCUCUGUCUUCUCAGGUUAUCAAAGUGACGUGGAAGGCUCCAAAGAAGCACCUGCAGAAUGGAUUGAUUCGUGGCUAUCAGAUUGGUUAUCGGGAGUACAGCACAGGUGGGAACUACCAGUUCAACAUCAUCAGCAUGGAGACCACUGGUGACAGUGAGCUCUACACCCUGGACAACCUGAAGAAGUUUACACAGUACGGAGUGGUGGUCCAGGCAUGCAACCGAGCAGGCACUGGGCCAUCCUCGCAGGAGAUUAUUGCCACUACACUGGAAGACGUUCCCAGCCGACCACCCGACAACGUCCAAGCCACCGCCAUCUCUCCAGAGGUCAUCUCACUCUCCUGGUCAAUGCCACCAAAGGAGGCACUGAAUGGGAUUCUACAAGGAUACCGGGUUAUUUACUGGGCAAAUCUGCCAGAUGGGGAGCUUGGAGAGAUAAGAAACGUCACAACCACCCAGGUUACUCUGGAAUUGGACGGACUUGAGAAGUACACCAACUACAGCAUACAAGUGCUGGCAUUCACCCGGGCAGGUGAUGGAGUCAGGAGCGAGCAGAUCUUUACACGUACCAAGGAGGAUGUUCCAGGUCCUCCUGGUGGAGUGAAGGCAGCAGCGGCUUCCGCCACAAGUGUGGUAGUUUCAUGGCUCCCUCCACUGAAGAUGAAUGGCAUCAUUUGGAAGUACACUAUAUUCUGCUCCCACCCAUACCCAACAGUGAUCAGCGAAUUUGAAGCCUCACCGGACGUCUUCUACUACCGCAUUCCCAACCUCAGUCAGAACCACCAGUACAGCAUCUGGGUUGUUGCUAUCACUGCAGCUGGGAGGGGCAAUUCCAGUGAGAUCAUCACUGUGGAACCCCUCGCCAAAGCACCAGCCCGGAUCCUAACAUUCAGUGGCACUGUGACCACGCCAUGGAUGAGAGAUAUCGUGCUGCCAUGCAAAGUGGUUGGAGACCCGACACCUUCAGUCAAAUGGAUGAAGAACAGCAACGGAACACCAGUCCCUGUCCUAACUGAUGGCCGCAGGAGCAUCUUUAACAAUGGGAGUUUUGUUAUCCGCACGGUAAAAGCAGAGGAUUCUGGAUACUACAGCUGCAUGUCAAGUAACAGCUGGGGAUCAGAUGAAAUUCUCCUCAACCUGCAGGUGCAAGUUCCCCCAGACCAACCACGUCUAACAGUGUCCAAGACAACCUCGAAUUCCAUCACGCUUUCCUGGAUACCGGGUGACAAUGGUGGGAGCUCCAUUCGAGGUUAUAUCCUGCAGUACUCAGAGGACAACAGUGAGCAGUGGGGCAGCUUUCCCAUCAGCCCCAGUGAGCGCUCAUAUCGUCUGGAGAACCUGAAGUGCGGGACGUGGUACAAGUUCACCUUGACAGCACAGAAUGGAGUGGGACCUGGCCGCAUCAGUGAAAUCAUUGAGGCUAAAACACAUGGGAAAGAGCCACAGUUUGCCAAGGAACAGGACCUGUUUUCCAGCAUUAACACCACAAGGAUCAGGCUGAACCUCAUUGGCUGGAUUGAUGGUGGCUGCCCCAUCACCAUGUUCACCCUGGAGCACCGGCCUUUUGGGACCACAACCUGGACCACUGCACAGCGCACAACACUGUCAAAAGCCUACAUCCUGUACGACCUGCAGGAAGCCACAUGGUAUGAGCUGCAGAUGAAGGUGUGUAAUAGUGCUGGCUGUGCGGAGAAGCAGGCAGAGUUUGCAACCCUCAACUACGACGGGAGUACAAUUCCACCAUUGAUUAAGUCAGUGGUCCAGACUGAGGAUGGAAUGGCUACUAAUGAGGAGCUGAAGAUGUUGGUGACGAUCUCCUGUAUCCUGCUGGCUGCCCUGCUCCUUUUUGCCCUGCUCCUUGUGGUCCGAAGGCGCCGGAGGGAGCAACGCCUGAAGAGAUUGAGGGAUGCCAAAAGUCUUGCUGAGAUGUUAAUGAGUAAAAACACAAGGACAUCUGAUACACUGAAUAAACAGCAGCAAACCCUGAGAAUGCACAUCGAUAUCCCUCGAGCUCAGCUUUUGAUAGAAGAGAGGGAUACCAUGGAAACAAUCGAUGACCGAUCCACUGUGCUAUUGACGGAUUCUGACUUUGGCGAGGCUGUGAAACAGAAAUCGCUGACGGCAACACACACUGUGCAUUACCAUUCAGUCUCACAGGCUACCGGACCUCUGGUCGAUGUUUCAGAUGCCCGGCCAGGAACCAAUCCCACAGCUCGCAGGAAUGCAAAGGGGGUACCAUCAGCUCGCAAUAGAUACUCCAGCCAGUGGACGUUGAACAGGCCCCACCCCACAAUGUCUGCUCACACUCUGACGACUGACUGGAGAAUGCCAACGCCACAUGUGGCAGGAUCUGUCGAUAAAGAGAGCGACAGCUACAGUGUCAGCCCAUCACAGGACACAGACAGAGCUCGGAGUAGCAUGGUCUCCACUGAGAGUGCCUCCUCUACAUACGAGGAGCUGGCAAGAGCCUACGAGCAUGCCAAGAUGGAGGAGCAGUUACGGCACGCAAAGUUUACAAUCACGGAAUGCUUCAUAUCGGACACAUCCUCAGAGCAGCUGACAGCCGGGACCAAUGAGUACACUGAUAGCCUAACAUCCAGUACUCCCUCUGAAUCAGGAAUCUGCAGAUUCACUGCGUCACCACCAAAACCUCAAGAUGCUGGGAGGGUGGCAAACAUGGCAGUCCCAAAAGCACACCGACCAGGUGACCUUAUGCAUCUUCCGCCAUACUUAAGGGUGGACUUCCUGAUUCACAGAGGCAUAGCGGGUCCAAGCAGAGACCUUGGUCAAGGGCAUGCCUGUCUGGAGCCACAGAGAAGGGGCACCAUGAAACGCACACAAGUCAUGGAGCCAAUCCCAAUGGAAGCAGCUAGUAGGGACACGCAGCAAUGGCAAUCAAGCACCACAUCGACAUUACCUCAGAGGGAGGGAGCAGACCGUGGCAAAGCUCCCAAAUUGAGCAGCUCCCAGGAAUCACUACUGGACAAUCGCGGUCACUUGAAACAAGGGAACAACCCCUACGCAAAAUCCUACACACUGGUAUAACAAAUGCAUGUCUGUACAAGGCUGUAAAUAGUUCAAUUUAAAGCUACCUUUUUUACUGGUUCCAAUAUUUAUAAUCAAAGAUUUGCCAAAAUAUUAAAAAAAAAUUAGAUAUUGCAAGGACUUUGUUGUGAUCCAGGGUGUGACAUGUCUGAGCAAAUGAAUGUCUGUGCAUUUUUUUUAAGAAGCCCUCUGAUUGUCUGAUAUGCACAGAUCAUGGUGUUUUUACUCAUUUCCUAUGAAAUGCAUGGAGGCAGAGUACAGAGACAUUGACGUUAGCAAAAAAAAGCGAGAAAAAACAUUACAGAUUUCUGUCACCUGCUAAAUUAAGAAGUAAAUAGUUUAAAUAUCGCACAGAUAAAGAAAAGCUACAUUUGUGGUUGAAACAGCGAUCCCUGAUUGAUUGAAGAGUUUGCAGCCAAGUACCCUCACCACCUUUCACAGUCAGCUAGAAGCAGAGGCUUAAAGUAACAUGGCGUUAAAGAUGGCUGAUUGGGCCCAUUUUGCCGAUGUACAUCAAUUCAAGCUUUUAAUUUCUAGUGUUCAUUAGGCUAAGGAUUAACAUUAGUAAAUAUUUUUUGAAAUACAAUUAUUCUAUUUAAAGAACUUUACACCAUGAACCCACAAGGUUGGGAAUCAAAAAAAAAGCUUGGCAUCUAUGUUUCCUUGAUUUGUUUAAUUUACUGACCAUAUUUAUGUGUUAUAUGUCCAUUUAUGUAUGUGUGCGUGUAUGUGUAUCUAUUUUUAUACAUACCACACACACAUAUAUAUAGGGCAUAUAUAGAAUAUGUAUGUGUGUGCGUGCGCGUGUGUAUGUGUGUCUACGUGUAACUGUAAAUGGGUUGAAAUUUAUUUUAGGUAAAUAAACAUUAAGAGAGAAAGAAA